AUGACUCACUUCUUCAUUGGCAUCUUAAGGGAAGGGAAGUAUGUUGGGAUGGACCCUUUAGUUGUGGGACUUGUCACUGUAUCCAGGUGUGGAGUUACAGGAAGUGUGAAUGUGACAGGGGAUGAGGUGAAGAAACUGGACAUGUUAUCCGGUUCCCUGGCGAUCAACAUGCUCCAGUCCUCCUCCAGCACCUGCGUGCUAAGUAAAUAUGUAGUCUGUUUUGACCCACUGAAUGGAUAUUCCAACAUUGACUGUCUGGUAUCCAUUAGAACCAUAUUUGCCAUUUACAAAAAGACCUCAGAGAAUGAACCUUCUGAAAAUGAAGCCCUGCAACCUGGUCAUAAUAUCGUGGCUGCAGGCUAUGCACUCUAUGGCAGUGCAACUCGGACUCUUUCCAUGGAGCAAGGAGUGGACCUCUUCAUGCCUGAUCCAGCUCUUGGUGAAUUUGUUCUGGUGGAAAAAGAUGUCAAGUCCUGUAGUGGCAGCACUCCAGCUGAUGUGCAGAGCACUGUGUUCUAUGGAGUCUUCCUAUACCCAGGAAACCAGAAAAGUUCUAAGGGCAAGCUCUGGCUCUCGUGUGAGUGCAACCCUGUGGCUUACAUUGAGCAGGCAGGAGGAUUAGCAACCACAGUGCAGCCUGUUCUGGGUAUAAAGCCUGAGGCCACUCACCAGCGAGUCCCCCUCAUUCUGGGGUCUCCAUAUGAUAUGCAGGAAUAUCUCUCUUGUGUACAGAAAUGUCAGGCACAUAGCAAAUUUGACCUUCAACCUAAGAGACCUUGUCUCUUCUUCUGCACCUACAUGUUUCUCCAGGGUCUGGAGCGGACCCGGGACUGUAUGAAGAGCACUUGCCAGUAUGCUGCUGCUGCUGCAGCUACCUGGUUUCAUUGUGGCAGACGGAAGCUUUCAAGAUCCCUUUACAGGUUUUAUGAAGCAUGA